AUGGUUUCUUUUCACGCCAUCCUCCCUUCAUUGGCGUUGUGCUGCAUUAUCGGUGCUUCUGCAGAGGCCAAUUUCGAAGAUACUCGAUGUCGAUGUGUCUGUCCAAACACCAUGUACUUUGUAGGCGACAAUGCCACGGAACAAAGCGAUAAUCGUCGACGCUACUAUACGAUGACAAAUAUAAAUCCGAGCUUCUGUAACCCGCAGUCAGUUGUGAAAGGCGAAGUCACUAAAUACGUGGAUGAAACUCAUAUGGACGCGUUUCUUGCUAACUGUGAUUGUCGCUUCGAAAGCAGGAAUACUGUUAUGCUUAAGGUGGUAGUUAUCUUCGUAAUCUGUGUGAUCAUGCUGUUAGUGACAUAUAUGGCAUUUUUGUUGUGCUUGGAUCCGAUGCUACGAAGACAAAGAUUCCAGUCAUCCUAUCGUCAGCAGAAUGAUGAGAUGGAAGACAAUAUUUUUGCAAGAGCAAAUGAAAGCUCUUCAACAGAAACGACGCUGCCUACCAACAUGCGUGCAAGAUCAAGCAGUAAAUCAAAUGUUCUUGGUCGUGUAGAGGCGGAACAGAAUCGAUGGAUGAAGAAAGUCGAGGAACAAAGGAAGAAUAUUUUUGAGGAUCACACGAUGUUGAAUUAA